GGAAACCAUUACCGCUUCUGCCCUGCUUCUGUGCGAUGAGCUGUUGUAAGUGCAACUGGGUUUUCGCUAACGCACAGUGAUCCAUUCGUGCUGCAAAAUCUGGAGCGGUAGAGUGAAGACGUGUGUGUAGUAGUGAAACAGUGAUUGGCAUAUUAAGGAAUGGGAUGAAUCUGUGUGACCAAGUUCGCGGACCGCUGCUAUACAUAAGGACUGCCUGGGUUACCGGCCAUUCACGAUGCACGGCUUUCCUCGACGAUAAAAGAAAGAAAAAAUCACUCAUCUGCCAGCGUAGUAUCGCUAAUUCUCGAAGGAAAGGACUUCAACCGCGGGACGUCUGCAAGAACAGCGGUAUUCUGUACAGAACCUUGUCCAUUCGACUGUUGCCUGUGUGUGCGGCGACCAGCCGUUCUAGCACCACCAUGCUUCCCUCCCACCUACUGCUCGCCCUGCUGCUGCUGACGUCGCUGACGACGCUGCCUGCGCCGGCGGACGGAACCUUCGGCGUCUUCAGCGGCGGCUCCCUGGGCUCGCUGAUGCUUCCGGCCGCGCUGAUCAGCAUGCCGUUCGGCCCGCUGGCGCUGGGCAUCGGGGCGGUCGGCCUCAAGAUCGCCCUCUUCAGCCGCAUCAUCUCUUUCUUCGCCGGCCUCGUCCGUAACCGGGGCCCGCAGCGCGGCAUCAGCGUCAGGAAGGAGUUCCUCCACAUCCCGGCCAAGGACCUGCAGCGGGUUCACCAGGCGCCGCCCGUGGUGCUUCCCCCGGUGCCCCGAACGUUGGAACACGCGUUCAGCCUGCCCUCGCACCAGCCCUACGGCGUCGCGGGUGGUGGACUUCGGGCGGCGUUCGCCAGGGGUCCGGCCUCUCCGUUCCAGGUGCCCGUCCCGCAGCCGUUCGUGUUCUCUGGGCCGACGAAUUUCGUGCCCCCACCGCCGCCGCUCCAUUUCGUGGUCCCACCGCGACUGGCCGCGGUGCGACCGGAGCCGACGCAAGGCGUGUCGCCGGACAAGCUCCUCCACGGCGCACAGCCACCCACCGGCGGCACCUUCGACCAGAUACUGCGCAUUGCCCAGUCGCCGGCCGUGUCCACCAUCGUGAGCAACAACCCGGACCUGGUGGUCAAGUUCAUCCAAGGAAUCGCCGGUUCGAAGCCGCUGCAGACGCCCAUCGGAACGGCUCACAGCAACGCGGGCCUGACGGGCAGCAAAAUAGGCGGCGGCGAUAUCGAGGCCCUCCUCAACUUUGUGCGCCAGGACCCGAACCUCGUGCGCAACAUCGUGAGGGCGGACCCGGGAUUCGUGCCCAGCCUCGUGGACAACCUCCUGGGAAUAUCGGGCCAGGUAAAGGAGCCGACACCCGCGCCGCCGGCCAAUUUUUCUGGCUUCGACUUCAAGCAACCGAUCAACGACACAGUGCAGGGAUCCCCGGACGUUCCAGCUAACGUUCCCGUCGACGGGAAACAAGCCGAAGCUCCCGUUCUGCCGUCGGCAGCGCCCAAGACUGCGGCCAAUCCGCCAGCUUCUUCCCCGGGAGUUUACUCAAUUCACCGCUACCCGCAAACGGCCUACCCCAUUCCCUACUACGGACUGUCACCGCAUGCCCCCUUCGGGUAUCCCGGCCUACCUCAACAGCCCGUCGUGUACCCCCGUUUUCCUUGGUCAACUAUGACGCCUCAGCAACUUUCAAAUCUGUUGAAGCUCGCAGCUUAUCCAAGUCGCGCCUCGGUGAAAAAGCACGGCACCACCGCUCGUCCCGACAAACAACAACCGGCCGUCCAGGAGUCCAUGUCCGUUAGGAAGGACAAGCCUAAAGCAUUGCCCCCAACGGUCCUCAGCACAAAGGAACCGGAAAAGGCCACCAUCGAAGCAUACGGAUCUGUUCGGAAAGACACACCCAAGGCAUCGUACAAAACGGACGCGACGACCCAGCGCCCUGCCGUCCCAGAGUCCUACGGACUGCUUCGUAAAGACAAGCCUAAGACAACGUCCUCAUCUGUCGCAACGACGAAAAGACCGAAGCAGCGCGUCGCCCAAGCCUAUACGCCCGUUCCGAAAGCCAAGCCAGAGACGUCAAAUCAAAAGGUUCAACCUGUACAACCGGCCGUCCCGGCUUACGGAUCAGCCAAGGCCAAGCCGAAGCCUUCCUAUCAAAGCGAGGUCGUGACCGAGGUUCCCACCGUCCAACAAUACGGGGCACCCAAAAGUGACAAACCGAAGGCCUCCCCCGUAACCAGCACUGGUCCAGUUGAACCAGCGGAUAAGGGCGCCGCAGUUGCCGCCGAGAAGCCGGUCAUCGAGCAAGAUUUGCCUGUCGCGAAGGGCACGAAGGACGACGUGUACGCCUCGGCCAACCAGGGCCAAGGGAGCUCGCCCACAGCCGAUGGGAUAGAUAGGCCCGCCGUGAAGGAAAUGGCUCCACCACCCGCCGUCAGGCCCGUCUACGUGCCUGCCACGGGUAAGUUCCGGUUCGAUAAGGGCCGUAAGGGCGGCCCUGAGGAGAACGUGGCGGGUUUCCCUGCUGCCCUGUUCGACCCGACUGCCUUCGGCGACCAGGACACGAAGGACAGCCAGAGCACCGGUCCGGCCCAGGCGAGAGUCCGUCGGCACAUUCCCGACACGACGACGGCCCCGUCGGAAUUCACACGCACGUACGGCGGUCGCAAGUGCGUCUUCAAGAUGAUCUGCUUCAUCGGCGCCAAUGACCACACGUACGGUCGUUACGGUGAGAGAGCCUCCGUCUUCAUCAGGUACAUCGUCCGUUUCAUGGCCCCUUACAUCAUCAGGUACGUGGACAGCCUGAUCAGCUCCAGCGACGUGGCGGCCGACUACAGCCGCGCGUACGAAGUGGGCCGAACGCACGGCGGCGAAGGCUGCCGCAUCAAGUACAACAGCUGCCCCAUGACGGUCGUCGACCUGGUCAGCCUGUCGGCGAACUUCGGCUGAAGCCUCGGCGCGCUGCGGCGAAAACGGCGGUCCAGGCCACACGACGCUGCAGACUGUGCGCGGACCGGUCGGUCUCUGGGACAAACCCGAGAUGCAGUCUUCCACAGCGAGCAGUGUUUGGCAGGGGAGCCCACGUCGCGGUGACUUGUAGAGGCCGCACGGAGCUGGCCAACCUGUCGCGUUUUGGCAACCUGCUGUGAUAACAGUUGUUCGUGUUAUGUUGUAUAAAAAAAAAAAAGGAAGUGACUCUAUGCGGGAGAUGUAGAAGCUUUCGUGGCGGAAACCGUGGCGCCAUUUCUUGCUUCCAACAUUUAUUUCUCUUGGAAAUGAGUUAUCGGCAAUCCGCGCGAAACCUCGUACACUCUGUAUGUAGCGGCAUGUUUUCGAUAAUGUCCUUUUUUUUUGUUCUUGUGUAGCAUUUGAUACGCUACUUCGUAUUUAUUAGCUCGUCGGCGCCACUGUGUCACGCCAGCUCGUGCGGAACUUUGUGGUUUCAUUUGUCUGUAUAUAGCUUU